GUGGUAGAUAUUUUAGCUGUCAACACACAAAGCAAAUAAAAAAUAAUUAAAGGAACAAAUAUAUUUUCGCUUGCGCCGGAAAACGGCAAUAAUUCGAAGUAUCUGGAAAAAAGUCUAAGCCUCACUAUAUAAACCACCCCACACGCGGAGGGAAAGAAGGUGUCCUCAUUAAGUUUCCUCUUAAGAUCGAAUCGCUUCUCGCUCAGAGCUCCUGGAGUAACCGUCGGAAAAUCUCGCAGCGUCUCUCUCUCUGAGACUAUCGAAUCGGUGGAAGGAGAUUCGCCUGAUCGAAAGUUCGUGAUCUAUUUCGUAGUGUGUGAUUUUUAAUUUAUCUAUUUGUAGGUUUCCGUGAUUUAGAUUCUUCGUUCGUUCGUUCGUUCGUUCCCUUGGAUGUUUUCUCUGGUGAUUGAUUGUUCUCAUACGCUUUUAGCUUUGAUUGAUUUGGUUCAGAAGAAGCUGUAGCUUAAGACUCUUGUUUUCAAGAAUCUAGGUGGUAAUGCAAAUAGGUUGGGUCAUAGACCUAAUAAUCUAUCUGACACGUGUUUGGAUUUGGUGAACCGUGCUCAUGAAUCAUCGUUGGAGUUGUUGUGUGUGUGUCUCAGAGAUUCAAGGUGAGAGUCUGAGAGCCUUGGAUCUACUACAAGUAUUGAUUCUUUGGAAACAUUCCUUCUUGUGUUGCUCUUUCUCUUCGCUAACCCAGACUUGUGCUUGUGCUGUCUUCAUCCUACAUACCUUGAUCAUGCAACUCCUAAACCUUCUCUGUUUAUUAUCUAAAGUGGAUGGACAGAGGUUCCUCGUAGUUGCUCUUGAAGAAAGUGUCCUGGUUGCUCACUGUUGUCUCAUCUAAGUGUCACCUUGAGUUUCCCUUAGAGCAUUUGGAGCUUGUGAACUUAGUAGAAUGUUCUCGUGUCUUUUUAGUCCCUUUGGUUACUGGUACAUCCUUCAGGCCAGAUUCAAAGAUGGAUGAUAACUAAAGAGUACUCUUCAGGCUUUUAAUUCCUUUAGUAAAAAAUUCUGAUUCAUACUGAAGUAAUAUUGGUGCAGAGUGGCAAUGGGAGGUAGGUCUGUCCUCUUUGGACACCAACCCAUCUUUUUUAACCCGGUUAUUCCAAUUUUUUUUACGUCAGUCCCAAACGUUGUUUGAUAGUCUUUACCUUGCUUUUACAAUAGGUUGGGGAUAUCCGGUUAAACCGAAUAUGUUUUCCCAGAAUUUCAAGAACUGAAGUGAGCUAAGCUUUUCUUUCUGUACGAAGGCUCCAUCAACCAAGAGGGCUGUGUUUAGUUUUUAUACUUUGUAAAUCUUCUUGUUUUGAUGUUACUUGCCUCUUGGAGAAAGCUUAUUGGAGCCGUUUCGUAACUGGAUUGUCUUGGUGAUGAUUGGAUUGGUCUACUGCAAUGUAGAUGGAAGCAACAGUUCAUCCAGUUUUUUCAGGUGACAUAUUACUUGGAAAUGAUGAAUAUGUGUUCUAAAUCUUUUCUUGCUUGCAGGUUACAUAAGCUUUUCCAUCAGCUAGCCAGUAUCAUUCACAGAUAGUUCGUAAUGGAGAGGGUACAUUUCAACCAUUUCGUUGAGCAGCCACAGAAGACUGACCGAGAGAAGAGUGAGAUGCUCAGCCCUCAUUCACGCAAUGAAGAAACUGAGUCGUUGAUUCUCGAACUCGAGGCGGCAGAGUCAUCAUUAAAAGAAGUCCUUGACAGAGGACUAAUGGAGCAUGGAUGUCCUCAUUACAGAAGAAGGUGUUGCAUUAGAUCUCCUUGCUGUGAUGAGAUCUUUGGUUGCCAUCACUGUCAUUAUGAGGCAAAGAACAAUAUAAGUGCAGAUCCGAAACAGAGUCAUGAUAUUCCUCGCCAGAAAGUUGAACAGGUUAUUUGCUUACUCUGUGGCACUGAACAAGAGGUUCGCCAAAAUUGUACCAACUGCGGAGUGUGCAUGGGGAAGUACUUCUGUGAAGCCUGCAAGCUCUACGAUGAUGAUACAUCUAAAAAGCAGUAUCACUGCGACGGCUGUGGAAUCUGCAGAAUCGGCGGACAUGAAAAUUUCUUUCACUGUUACAAGUGUGGCUGUUGUUACUCAAUCCUUCUCAAGAACAGCCACCCUUGUGUUGAAGGAGCAAUGCAUCACGACUGCCCCAUUUGUUUUGAGUACCUGUUUGAAUCAAGGAACGAUGUAACAGUUUUGCCCUGCGGACACACCAUCCAUCAGAAGUGUUUGGAGGAAAUGAGAGAACAUUACCAAUACGCGUGCCCGCUUUGCUCAAAAUCUGUAUGCGACAUGUCAAAGGUGUGGGAGAAAUUUGACGUGGAGAUUGCUGCUACACCAAUGCCAGAACCAUACCAGAACAAAAUGGUUCAGAUCCUCUGCAACGACUGUGGGAAAAAAUCGGAGGUGCAGUACCAUGUGGUGGCUCAGAAAUGUCCAGACUGCAAAUCAUACAACACUCGCCAAACCCGAGGCUGAACCGAAGCAGGAUUUUGAAAGUUGGUUUGCUAUCAGAUGCAAUUUUAAGAGCAAUGUACUUGAGUCCAUAGUGUCAUUGGCUCCUUCAAUCGAGGGCUCAUCUCUCGAGUCUCAUCUCUUGUUCAGUAUUAACCAGCUGAGCGCUUGUUAGCUGGCAUAUUCUGUAAUAAGUUCUAGUCGUUUUCCGUUAAAACAUGUCUCCUUUGUCACUCUUGAGUCGUUAGUUUAUGUGGUUGGUUCGAGGAAUACUACAUGGCAAACCAAAACCAAUUUUUUUUUGACAAUCACUAAAACCAUUUAAAUUA